AGAAGUGUUCUUCCUCUCCAUCUCUCUUCAAAUCCAUUUCCUCAAACCCUGAAAGAUUCAAUUUUUUUAAAUUCAAUUUCAAACCCUAUAUCUCCGCUCGAUUCUCGAUUCAUAUUUUCCUGCAAUCUUUGCCGCGUUUGACUUCUCGAUUACGCCGAUGAAUGUGUGAGGAUCGGAUCCGCAUAUGGACAGUAAUUAUUCAGCUGUUCCUCCCAAGGAUGGGUUCGUGGAGCUGCAGCUGAAAGGCGGAGACUUUGAAUCCGAUUUAGAUCGAGAAAACGGGUUCCUGAAACGGGUCAAUCCAGACGAUCCGGAGCUAGACGAUGACAUCGAUUUCGACAAUCUGCCUCUUAUUUUCGGCGAUGGGAAUAAAUCCGGAUCCGGCAUUCACGGCGCUGUUUUCAAUCUCACCACGACCAUCGUCGGCGCCGGAAUCAUGGCAUUGCCGGCCGCGAUGAAGGUUUUGGGAUUGAUUCUAGGGUUCCUCCUCAUCAUCCUGAUCGGCGUCUUGUCUGAAAUCAGCGUUGAAUUGCUCAUCCGUUUCUCUGUUCAGUGCAAUGGGACAUCUUAUGGGGACGUCGUCCAGGCUGCCAUGGGUAAGACUGCUAGAAUCGUCUCUGAGAUUUGCAUAAUCAUUAACAAUGCCGGCGUCUUGGUUGUCUAUCUCAUCAUAAUUGGAGAUGUCAUGUCUGGUUCUCUUCACCACAUUGGUGUCUUUGAUCAAUGGCUAGGCCAUGGUUUUUGGGAUCAUAGGAAAGUUGUGGUCUUGAUCUUUCUCGUGAUCUUUCUCGCCCCGCUUUGCGCGUUGGACAAGAUCGAUUCCUUGAGCUUGACGUCUGCGGCGUCGGUUGCCCUCGCCGUGAUAUUUGUUUUCGUUGCUAUCUUCGUAGCGUUUGUUAAAUUCGUCGAGGGCAAAAUUGAAAUCCCUAAAAUGACCCCGAAUUUCGGGUCCGAAAAUUCAAUAUUGGAUUUGUUCGUGGUGAUUCCUGUAAUGACAAAUGCGUACGUUUGCCACUUUAACGUCCCGCCUAUUUAUAACGAGCUCGAAGGGCGUUCCCCUCAAAAGAUGUAUCGAGUGGGGAGGGUCACAACGGUCAUUUGCGUCCUCGUCUAUGCUUCGACCGCAAUCUCCGGGUAUUUGCUCUUCGGGAAGGAGACCGAGUCCGAUGUGUUGACUAACUUCGAUAAAGAUCUCGGAAUUCGGUUUAGCUCCGCUUUGACUUACAUUGUCCGCGUGGGGUACGUCUUCCACUUGAUCCUCGUCUUCCCGGUGAUCCAUUUCUCGUUGAGGCAAGCCGUGGACGCAUUGUUCUUCAAGGACCGUGUUCCCCUCACGGAGAGUAGGAAGAGAUGUUUGGCUCUAACCAUGGUUUUUAUUAGGUCUCAUAUACUUAGGUUCGACCGUUGUCCCCAACAUUUGGACUGCGUUCAAGUUCACGGGAGCCACCACCGCGCUUUCGUUGGGGUUCACGUUCCCAUCUCUCAUUGCGCUAAGGUUGAGCAAAGAAGGGAACGGGUUGAGCAAUACGGAGAGGAGUUUGUGUUGGUUCAUGUUGAUAUUGGCGAUAACCGUUAGCGUUUUGGGAGUUUUUGGCAAUGUCUAUAGCAUCAAGAAGCUUAGCUAACUGCCAUUUUUGUUUGUUUCAUCAUCAAACAAUACACAAAUGUUCCAUAGCUUGUGAAAGUGAAGAUGUUCUUGUAGGACCGACCCGCGCCCUAGGGUGGGCCCGCCGUCUCGACGAUGAUUUUAUUCUGGGGGGCCCUAGAGAUGAGAUUCAUCUUCUUUUUUUAAUUCAUUUUGAUCACCAUAUAGUGUUCCUGCUUUGCUUGAGCAGGUAAUUUUUUACCCUAUUGGUUCUUGAUAUAUGCUUUGAUUUGGCACAUU